AUGUCAUUAACGCUGGCCGGUCUGCCGGCCCUUCGAGGCUCCAGCCAGAGCAUUCGUGCCAUUACCUCCACCUUCCACCGAGCCUUCAGCACGCCCGUCGAUGUCCAUCCUUCCACCGUCCUUGCCAACCAUCUACCCAUUCGCCCGCCGUUCGAAAGCGCCUUGACCAAUGCCACCAAUGCCGCCACACCCCGACACGACUGGACGAAAGAUGAGAUUCGAGAAAUCUACAACACGCCCCUCAUGGAGCUGGCCUUCCAAGCAGGCGCACUCCACCGCCGCUUCCACCGCCCCGGCGCCGUCCAAAUGUGCACGCUCAUGAACAUCAAAACCGGCGGCUGCAGCGAAGACUGCUCCUACUGCGCGCAGUCCUCGCGCUACCAAACCGGCCUGCAAGCCACCAAAAUGAGUCCCGUCGACGAGGUGCUCAAAGCCGCCCGCAUAGCCAAAGACAACGGCAGCACGCGCUUCUGCAUGGGGGCCGCGUGGCGCGACAUGCGCGGCCGCAAAACCGGGCUGAAGAAUAUCAAGGCGAUGGUGGAGGGGGUGCGGGCGUUGGGACUCGAGAGCUGCGUGACGCUCGGCAUGAUUGACGGGCAGCAGGCGGCGGAGCUGAAGGACGCCGGCCUCACGGCUUACAAUCACAAUGUGGAUACGAGUCGGGAGCAUUAUCCCAGCGUGAUUACUACGCGCACCUACGACGAGCGGCUGAAGACGCUGUCUCAUGUGCGAGACGCGGGGAUCAAUGUGUGCAGUGGGGGGAUUCUGGGAUUGGGCGAGACGCCUGAGGACCACGUUGGCCUGCUCUACACUGUCUCCACCCUCCCCUCACACCCGGAAUCCUUCCCCGUCAACGUCCUCGUUCCCAUCAAGGGAACGCCCCUAGGCGACGACCCGCAGCGGAAACCGAUGCCCUUCGACGCAGUCCUACGCACCAUCGCCACUGCCCGCCUCGUCAUGCCGUCGACAAUCAUCCGCAUCGCCGCAGGCCGAACGACGAUGAGCGAAGCCGAGCAGAUUCUGUGCUUCUCUGCCGGCGCCAAUGCGGUGUUUACGGGGGAGAAGAUGUUGACGACGGAGUGCAAUGGGUGGGACCAGGACAAGGCGAUGUUUGAGAAGUAUGGGCUGGUGCCGAUGAAGAGUUUCGAACGGGGGAAGAGGGAGGCGUUUACUUCUGUGGCUCCGCCGCCGCCGCCGGCGCCGACUGCGGAAGAGGUGAAGGCGUUGUGA